AUGGCGGAGCGGAAGCGGAAGCGGGCGGCGGAGGAGUGGGAGAGGCGGAAGAGGGACCACAGGAGGAGGAGGAGGGAGGGGCAAGGGAAGGGGGAGGAGCUGCUGGGGAAGCGGCAAGUGGGGUGGGCGGGCGACCCCGUGGAGGCGCUCGGGGAGGUGGUGAUGGGGCGGGUGAUGGAGCUCCUGGACGCGCGCAGCGUGGCACGAUGCACCGUGGUCUCCCGCGCAUGGCGCGGGGUCGCCGCCGACGACCGCCUCUGGGCACCCAAGUGUGCUGAGCUGAUGGCGGGAAAGGCACAUAUCCCUCGUUUAACGUUGAUCCGCACUGGAUCUAAGUUGUCUACUUAUUCAAUGGCCAUCAUGGAUGGAAAACGGAGUCGGAUCACAAAAGAGGAUCUCUGCGAUCAUGCGUGGGAGUAUUGUUUCACUAUAGCAGCACCAGAAUACUGGAGGAACCUUGAUCCAUCAUGGAAGCACACUGGUCCACCUAUGCGGCGCUACUUUCACCCUGAUGGCUACCACAGCGCAGACCCUCAUGACGCUGUGUGGGGUGGCCACGAGUGCACCUACACGGUAAUCACAAGCUUUGUUGGCGAUGGCCGAAUCAGGGAACACUAUGUGAGGAUCAACCGGUGGCCACCGUUGAAGGUUUCGAGGAAGGAUGACUGGAGCUGGGAGCUGUCGAACCACCUCUACCGCUACAACAGCAUCCCUGAUGCUGACAGGAAAGGAUGCACCGGUCCUUUGUUCCCAGUAUGGUGAAUACACUUCUCUGCGACUAGAAACUUGUGUCGUGAUCUUGUGCCGGUAGAAACUUGGCGUGUGCAACAAGAGGUUAUGUUUGGCAUUGAAAGCCAGCUACGCCACCUAAGGUUAAGCUUAGGUGUGUGUCUGUAAUACAUAUGUACUGUUGCUUAUGUGAUGAGUGGUUCCGCGAGUCUAUAUAUAGUGGUGGCAAGUCCUUUGUAGCAGUUUGGAAGUAUUUUGUUAAAACUUGUGCGUCUGUAAAAUAGCCUGAAUGAACCUUUACGUACCUUAAGGUAUGUACCAUAAGCAAUGAUGCAACACUGCUACUUGUUGCUUAUCCUUGGUGUUUGCACCA